ACUAUUGUAAGAACGCCAUUAUGUUAUGGUAACAGUUUCUUGUGAAAUACCGAUUGUGCUACAACUGAAUAGCUUUCUGUGGUACUGAUUUAACCAUACGCGGUUCAACGUGUUGCUACCAAUUAUUGCUAGUUAUUGCGCGACAGAAGCGGCGAUUGCAAUCACUAGGCGGGGAAUUUAAUAGUGAUUUAAUGGAUGAAGGUUGCGAGAAGGAUGGCAUUAACUGAACAUCCACGAAUGGAGUUAGUUUGAAGAUACGAUUAGUGCCACUGGAUAUUUUGAGAAAUGUUUAUUCGCUGUAUGUGUUGUGAUUUACUUUAAUUAGACGUUAAAACUGUUACGCUUGAUAGAAGCUGGUCGAAAUUUGUUUAACUAAUUUUCAGUAUGAUUAUCAUAGCAAUUUAUAUAUAACACAUUUAGUGGAUUGAUAUAAUAAUGGUUGUGUAUGCGUGAUAAAAUACAUGUAUAGUGAAAAAACUGAUAUUAAUUAUGCUGAUAUACCCAUGGGAUGAUGCACACGAUUUAAAUGAUGUUUUUACACACCCUGUGCUUCUUGUGGUUUCUGACAACUACCGGAUUUGCUAAAGAGAUCAGACAUGGCGUGGUAUUCCUGACACCAGAGGAAAUGCAUGCUGAGAUGUUAGAGAUGUUCGAUAAAUGCACUGAGAUGGCAAACGACACAUUUCACAGCAAUAUAUCAGGUGAUCCGUGUCCGGUGAUUUGGGACAAGGUGAUGUGCUGGCCUCAGACUUCAGCGGGCACCGUGGCCAGUCAAAAGUGUCCGCCUUAUAUCAACAUGUUCAAAACCUAUGAAUGGGUGACAAGGGAAUGUCUUCCAAACGGUACCUGGCACGACCCGCGACCAGAGAGGGCGUCGGACGUUGGUUUCACAAACUAUACUGCAUGUAUCGGGGACGUGCCAAGUCGCGACAUCUCGGUCAAUAUUUCUGAUCCAUCACACAAAGUUAUCGCUUUGAUGACGAAAUAUCAAGGAGCGUUGAGGACCAUGUACAACGUUGGGUUUGGCGUGUCACUCGUGGCCCUACUGAUGGCGUUGUUUGUAAUGUCCUACUUCAGGAAACUCCGCUGUCCCCGCAAUUACAUUCACCUGAACCUGUUUGUUGCGUUUAUUCUACGCGCGUGCACGAACAUCAUCCGAGAGAACACGUUCGUUCACAAUCUUGGGUUCGAGAAGGAUGUGGUGGAGUUGCCCAACGGAAUGGUCAUUUUCACGGAAGGAUUGCACUGGGAAUGCAGGCUGUUUUAUACAAUCUACAACUACGUACUGAUGGCCAGCUAUGCCUGGGUGUUCGUUGAGGCACUCUAUAUACACAUGGUCAUCUUCAUUGCUGUCUUCACAGAGAAAACCAAAGUCGUCUGGUACAUCGUCUUUGGAUGGACAUUUCCUGUACCCUUUGUGCUAGCUUGGGCCAUAGCCAGAAUCUAUGUCAACAACCAAUAUUGCUGGAAUUACAACUCCAAACGACUGAUCCUUAUUACACAAGUUCCCAUCUACAUAAUGAUCGUCGUGAAUUUCUUCUUCUUUAUCAACAUAGUACGCCUUCUGUUGACAAAAAUGAACUCUGUUCAACAACUUAAUACCAACAGAUAUAGGACGCUGGCCAAGAGCCUGGUGGUGCUGAUAGUGCUGUUUGGAGUCCACUUCAUCAUCGCCACCCUGCAGGCAGACGACAUCGACCCCGAGGGCACCGUCUCCUUUAUCCUGCUGAUCAUCGAAAUGUUCUUCAACUCAUACCAGGGGCUGUUCAUCGCUGUUCUCCUCUGCUUCACCAAUUCUGAGGUUCGUUCUGAGGUAAAGAAGUCUUGGAGUAGGAUAAACAUGCGACGGUCAAGUGCCGUGUCCCGCACGAGUUUUAUGAAUACCCGCAGGUCAUUCAGUAUAGCAACGAAAACAUCGGAAGUCAGUAAUAUGAAUUCUGCGCAUAAACGUUACAUGAUAGGGAGGAAAUCAUCUGUAACAGACAUUGAGCAAACCGUGCCAUUUAAAAACACUCUCAUUGGACCUUGUUGCAGCAUCGAAUGCGAAGCUAUGGAUACUGACAUGGGUAUGGCCUCAGAUAGCAACCUGACCUCCGGCGAAAAAUCAAACGGUCAUUUGGACUUUAAGCCGGACGAGUUUGAACUUAAAAUUAAUGUGGUGAACAUUGAGUGUACAACUCGCGAUGGUUUGAGUCGAAACACGACAGCGUUAAACAUUCAGGCGUUGAAGAAUGGUUGUACUAUUAGCAGCGAAAAGAUUCUAAACAAUAACGUGAAAGAGCCUUCCCAUUGUUCAGAAAUGUUCGAUCCAUCGUUUAAUGUGGACAAAAAUGAGACUCAGUAAUGUAAGCCUAUUCUAUAUUUGAUGUUACAGCGCAGAUAUUCUAAAUAAUAAUUUCAAAAAGCCUUUGCCUUCGCUGCGUUCAUCAGAAACAUUGGAUCCUUUGUUUUAUGUGGACGACAAUGAGACUAUAUUAUAUAAGUCUCUUCUAUAUUGAAUGUUAUAUUGGGUUUGUGUGGUAUCAUAGUGUAACUUACCACUUACUGUAAAAAAAAACAAGUUAUAAUUUGUAGUACGAUAUUGCCAGACCUUUUUGGCAGUGAUGGUUUUUGGACUUUUGCUGAGACUGCUAGGGUGUUUUAUUUGACUCCGAAUCUUACUAAAAUGUACAUGUAUUGUACUAUUAUGGUAUAUUAAAAUAAGGUUUUCUGAAACCACUUGCAGUAUUUCAAAUUAAUACUGCAUCUACACAAUUCUUUUAAAAAAUUAUUUUGAUUGCUGCCAGGGAGGUGUGCAUAUGAUAAAUUCUAUUGCCAUUUUGUAUCUAUAUGCAAUAGUUUGUCCGACUUCGAAACUGGUUUUUCGUAAAUUGCAUUUCGUCAUAUUUUCUGGUACCAUGCACCAUCUUAUUUUCUCCUGAUUUAUGUAUGUUAAUGUUUCACUUAAGGAUCAUUUAAACAGAGCUUGCAUUAUUUGUUCAUGUGAUUAAGAAUAUAAGAAAAACUAAAGCAAUUCUUUGGAUGUUAGUGAGAACAGAAGCUGUAUUAAAUAUAUUAUAAAGCUAUUUAUUAAAAUUAAUCUGCUUUAUAACGGCGUAUGCAGAACAUUUUUAGAAAGAAUAUCUUGUAAGAGACCAUGUAUUAAAUUUAAAACAAAAACAAAUGAACAAUAUAAUAGAUAAGUAAGAAUUGUUAUGUUUUUCAUGACUUUUUAUGAUGACUUUUUGGUUAAGUAGAAUGUUUUAACUGCCUUGAAAUAUUAUUGUGAAGUAAAAUUCACAGCAAAACUUAAUAGAUUUAUAUUUUUGCUAUUACAUAUUGCAAUACUUUUGCAAUACGGGCAUCUCAAAUGAGUGUUAUUGUAAUGUUGAUUUUUGUGUACAUUACUGUAUUAAAUGUUUUGUUUUAAAAAACUGUCGCCAAAAUUGCCUUGUUCAUGAAUAUGUAUAAAAACUGAUCAUUUUAUCACCAUCAAAUUUGAUAUCCAAAUAAAAUGAUGUUUACCAUGCAGUUUGACAAUCUGUGUACUAAAACUAUAUACUGUAUAUAGCCAACCUUUAUAUGACCCUGGGUCCGAGAAAAUUGGUCGUAAUGCAUGUGCUUAAGGUAUGAUCCUAGAUUGGCCUGUGCAGUCCACACAGGCUAACCGAGGACGCAAUUUUUUACUUUUAUUGUUUUUGUUUUUGUUUCAAUGAAGUCUCUUUUAGCAAAAAUGCUGUUUAGGCGGAUAGUUGCGGAGGGCGGUGGCUAAUCUGUGAGGACACUACC